CAAACAAAAAAUAUGUCUAAUUGGCUAUGGAUAGUACUAACAUUAGUACUAUUUCUAGUUGGUUAUGUUCUAAGUAAUAAAACCAAGGAAAAGGAGAAGAAUCUCCCACCUGGUCCAAAAGGGUAUCCUCUACUUGGAAGUUUGAACCUAUUAGGCAAAAACCCUCAUCGCGAUUUGCAAAGGUUGUCCCAAAAAUAUGGCCCGAUUAUGCAUAUGCAGCUCGGCCUAAUUCCCACUAUUGUUGUGUCGUCUCCUAAGACUGCCGAGCUUUUUCUCAAGACCCAUGAUCUUGUUUUCGCUAGUAGACCACCUCACUUGGCUGCGAAGCACAUGGCUUGGGAGCAAACGAACUUGUCAUUUUCUCUAUAUGGUUCUUAUUGGCGCAACAUGAGAAAAAUGUGCACAAUUGAGCUUCUAAGUAGUCUCAAGAUAAGCACUUUUAGAGCGAUGAGAAGAGAAGAGAUUGGUCAUUUUAUUGAGUUCACAAAGAAUGCUACUACUAAUCGUGUGGCAGUUGAUUUGAGCGCCAAGAUUACAGCAUGUAAUACCAAUAUGAGUUGUCGGACGGUGUUUGGGAAGAAGUACUCUGAUGAAGAGUUCGAUCCUAAGGGUUUUAAUGAAAUUAUCAAAGAGUUGAUGUACUUGGGUGCCACUCCUAACUUGGGAGAUUACAUUCCUUUCCUUGCUCCACUUGACUUGCAAGGCUUGACAAAGCGAAUGAAGGUUGUUCAGAAUGUGUUUGAUGAAUUCUUUGAGGGGAUCAUUGAUGAGCAUAUUCAAUCCAAGGCUAAAGAUGAUCAUGAAGCCAAAGAUUUCGUCGAUGUCAUGUUGAGAAUUAUGGGAUCUGAUGAGUCUGAGUAUCGCAUUGAACGAUCAAAUAUCAAAGCUAUAAUUUUGGACAUGCUUUUAGGCUCAAUGGAUACAUCAUCAACAGCAAUAGAAUGGACAAUAUCAGAACUCAUCAAGCACCCAACAACAAUGAAAAAACUCCAAAAAGAACUCGAAACCACGGUGGGAAUGGAAAGAAUGGUCGAAGAAUCAAACCUAGAAAACUUACCCUACUUAGACAUGGUGAUAAAGGAAUCCAUGAGGCUUCAUCCAGUGGCACCAUUGUUACUUCCUCAUGCACCCAUCGAAGACUGCACGGUGAACGGCUUCCACAUACCCCAAAACUCGCGUGUGAUCAUAAACACAUGGACAAUUGGGAGAGACACCGAGUAUUGGAAUGAGCCAGAAAAGUUUUUCCCAGAAAGGUUUUUGGGAAGUGACAUAGAUUUCAAAGGUAGAGACUUUGGGUUCCUUCCAUUUGGGUCUGGAAGAAGAGGGUGCCCGGGAAUGCAGCUUGGUCUAAUUGUGGUGAGGUUGAUGGUGGCUCAGCUUGUUCAUUGCUUUGAUUGGGAACUACCUGAUAAUAUGGUAGCUUCGGAGUUGGAUAUGAGUGAAGUGUUUGGUAUCACUACUGCUAGGACUAAACAUCUUGUGGCUAUUCCUAGUUAUCGCCUUAAGAAAUAAUAGAAGUUAUGAGCUUUUUCAUCACACUUAAAAAUAAAAUGAAGAUCAUUGGUUUUCUAUCUUAGGAAAACUUAAGAAUAAUGUCAUGUUUGGUUUGAUGUAACAAUAAUCAUAAUGUAAUCACCAUUAAAGCUUUAAUAACUUAAUAUUGUCAUCACUAUUACAAGAUUAUAUGAAUAAGCAUCAUAGCUCUAUUAUACUAUCUAUAUAAAAACAAAAUGAUUCUUUUAUCAUUCCUUUGGCAAAAGAAUUUAAAGUACUACUCAUUCAUUUCUGAAAAUUUUGUCAUACUAUUUGGUACAAAUUUUGUGGUGCACAUAUAUAGCAUAUUGUACAAAUUUGUGGUGCACAUUUUGUCAAUUCUUUCUUUCUCUUUUCUCCUUUUGUAAUUAUUAAUUUUGUUUAUUGCAAAAACAUGAAGGCAUCUCCUCCCC